AUGGAGAGAAAAACCAGAGCCUGGAAUCUAGACUUCUGUAAAAUAGAUAAUUACAGCAGUCCUAAAACAGGCAUACUCUAUGGACAGACGAUGAACAGCACAUGCAUUAUUUUCAUUUGCAACACCAAUUCUAAGCUGGAGUGGUACUGUUACUUGCUGAUUCUGGUUUGCUUUUUCAUUUUGUUAGUGGGAUUUCUAGGCAACAUACUUGCCCUACGACAUUAUGUGUACUGCAGGAAGACAUGGACUACUAACAGCAUAUUUCUGUUUAAUUUGGCACUGUGUGACUUCACUUGGAUUCUCAUGGCACCUUUUUCAGUAUACUAUAGUCUCCAGAGGUUAGAAGACUAUUCCAGUCAAACGUUUUAUCACAUCAUAAGAAUGUUUUUUAGUAUUAAUAUCUACGGAAGUGUCUGCUUCCUGACAUUCAUCAGUUUUGACAGAUACAUAGGUGCUGUCCAUCCUAUCAGUUCAUUAACGUGGUGGGACAAAGGAAAGGCCACGUCUUGUACUAUUGCUGUAUGGAUCUUCAUAGUCACUGCAUCGGUGCCAGAGAUCUGUUUCACAAUUGAAAUCGGAAGACAACAUGACAGCACAAAUUCUCAGGAUAGCACUGGAGGAACUUUACAAUUUGCCGUGCCAUUUGUACUCUCCAAGAUUGUCUUGAGAUUCCUAAUUCCAGUCACAGUCAUCUUUACAUGCUAUGUGUUGACCCUCAAAGCAUUGCUACAACUCAGUAAACGCCAGCAAAGAAGGAACAGAAUUAUUAGGCCUUUUUUACUGAUCUCAGCUGCUAUGAUUUUAUUUGCUGUUUGUUUCACACCUUAUCAUGUCAUGAUGAUGGUGAUACUAAUUUACAGAAUUACUUGUCAGGCGCCCUGUGGGAGCACAAAUACAUUGCUUGCUGUUUAUCAGAUCACAGAGAUCAUCUGCAGCAUCAGUAGUUGCCUUGACCCAAUCAUUUUUACAGUAGCAAAUAAGACAUUCUACCAAAGAAUGAAAGACAUAAACUGUCAUCCCAAACGCCAGUGCUGCUGUUGUCUGACACAAAAGGUAAGGGACAUCAUUCUGUCCCCAAGAACGGUGACUUAA